CUGAAGGCAUCAUCAUUUCACAUCAUGAUCAGAGCUGUUGUUUUCCUGAGUCUGCUGGCUGCAGCACAUGCCCAGUUUGGCUGGAAUGGACCUAAACCGAGCAACAUACCCACCGUGGCCCCUCAAAAUCAGUGUUCAGAGCAGGCAUCAUGUACCUGCUGUUUAAUGCUGCAAAGGGUGCACGAUAUGAGGACACAUUUCAACAACUCUUUGAAUGAUCUGGAGAAAGCAACUGAAAAAACCAUGAAAGCUUUGAUGGAUUUUAAGGAAAAAAGGGUCGCCUUCUCUGCUGGCCUAUACAAGGGUUUUAGAUGCACUACAAAGUCCACUUCUGACCAAACUGCCAUGUAUGAAACUGUCUUCAUCAACAUGGGAGAAGGUUAUGAUGUAGACACUGGUGUUUUCACUGCUCCUGUGUCUGGAGUCUACAGCAUCACUGUCACCGUCUACAGUGAUGCUGGUAGUGAAAAUAGUCAACUGCAUGCCUGUGCCCAACUGCAUGUUAAUGGAAUGACCGUUGCUGGGGCCAGUGAACAGAACACCCACGACCAAGAAGACUCUGUAUCAAUUGUUGUUGCUCGUGAGCUGAACGAGGGAGAUGAGGUGUCUGUCAACCUGCCUGCCGGCUGCAUGCUCUGUGAUGACAGCCACUAUAAUACUUUCAGUGCCUUUCUGCUUUAUGCUAACUAUUAGAGAAGUUUUGCCACUAUUUGUACUGACUCUUGCCCAAAUAACAAGGUUAGAGUCUGAUAGACAAAGUCUUCCUGUCAUGAAUUUGUCCUGACUGUCAUGCUUUGUAGCCCAUGCAGAAAAAUACUCAUUGUCAAUAAAGUUAAAGAAAAUUACACCCCAAAAACUUGCAUUAUAUUUGAU